AUGGACAAGAUGAACCCCGAAGUUUUCGAGAAGGAGGAAGUUAGACAGGACGAAACGCCCAACAGCAUUGAGUGGACUGAGGAGGAAGAGCGCCGCAUGCGAUGGAAGCUGGAUCUGCGGAUCGUUCCAACUGUUUUCUUCUUGUUCCUGCUCUGCUACAUCGACAGAACCAACAUCGGCAAUGCCCGCAUUGCUGGCAUGCAGACCGACCUGAACCUGACCGGCUACCGCUUUAAUUGGGCGUUGAGCAUCUUCUACUUUGCCUACGUUUUCGUUGAGAUACCGUCGAAUCUGGUCUUGAAGAUCGUUGGUGGAAAGAUCUGGAUUCCAACACUAGUCAUCGGCUUCGGUAUCGUCUCACUUUGCACCGCCUUCGUGAAGAAUUAUGCCGGUCUUCUGGCGCUGCGAUUUUUCCUCGGAAUCUGUGAGGGUGGCGUGCUGCCCGGCAUCGCUUUCUACCUCUCCACAUUCUACCGUCGCAAGGAGCUGUUGUUCAGAGUCAGCAUCAUGAUCAUGGGGAGCUCACUUGCGGGAGCCUUCGGAGGUCUUCUAGCAGCCGCCCUCACACAGAUCCCAGACUGGGGCACGUCCUCAGCAGUCAUACACACAUGGCGAAACAUCUUCUUCUUCGAAGGAUUAGUGUCUGUCCUAGCCGCCUUCCUGGGACUCUGGAUCCUGCCCAAUUCACCAGGCUCCGCCAAGUUUCUUGGCGAACGAGGCCGGCAGAUCGCAGCAGAGAGAAUGCAUCGAGAAUACAAGGAAGCCGACGCAACGGAGAAGGUCCGUGCACGCCACGUCAAGCAAGCGUUGCUGAGUGUCCACGGCACACUCUGUGCGGGAAUGUUUUUCUUCUUGAACAUUGGCCUGGCCUCCUUCUCGGUCUUCUUGCCCACCAUCCUACGAGACCUCGGCUAUACGGCGAUCCAGGCACAGCUCCGGUCUGUCGCGCCAUAUGUGUGUGCUUGCGCCAUGGGCAUUGCAAUUGCAUACUGUUCGGACAGGGCUGGUGUCAGAGGACCUUUCAUCUUUGGUUGCGCGUGUACUUCUGCGAUCGGCUACAUCAUCCUGGUCGCAUCAGACAGCGCGGUCGCGAAGUAUGCUGCGGUGUUCCUGUCAGCGAUGGGCAUGUUCGCUGCAGGGCCGAUCAUCAUCAGUUGGGGGCUGAACAACUCUGCUGGGCCUUCAGUGCGAAGCGUCACCAGUGCGUACAUCGUCGCAACAGGCAACUGUGCUCCACCAUUGCCGUCUGGACGUAUCUUCCAUUCAUGGCGCCAGCCUAUACCCUGGGUCACGCGCUGA